AUGCUGCCCCGUAUAUGGUGGGAACGUGGAAUAAUGUUAGACAAGUGGGCGCAAAAGCCCGUUUCGAGUGAGGAACGAUCUCCGACAAAUUUAUAUGGCCACAGAUCGCAAAAUACGUUGUUAAAAAGCUACUUUCGCAUUCGGCCAAGAUAUCAUGAUUCAGGAAGGACCGCGUUGGCGAUCGUUACGCUUACCUACGCGGGAAACGAUCGUAUUUCUGGUUAAAUCGUGGCUUUCUCGACGAACUGCGGAUCUACUGAGAUAAGAUUUACAAAGUACGUUACAGCGAUAUCAAAUGCCUAAUUUGUCUUGUAUAAUUACAUUGGUAAAUCGAUUUGCAGGAAAGUACUGUACACAUGUUUAGAAAACGGUAUCAAGUCGAGAUAAAGACACAUAAUGUAUAUUUGAGGGCUGCGAAUGAUUUAACGUCGAAUGGAAGUUUUAAGAAUAACAGUGAUUAUUUCUCAUUCCAUUAAAUUUCCAUUAAAUUUAUCACGUUCAUUUGUGGGAUGCGUGUCGCAAAUAAAUCACCUUUUGUUCAGAGAUUAGUUAUUCUUACCACGAGACAUCUCGGCUGACUUUUCACGGUUAUUACUACUUGUUUACCACGUCAUACACUCUCAUUCGUAUCUCAUGUGCAAUUAAUCAUAGUUGUAUUCGAGAAAAUCACUUUUAACGCGGCAAUUCUUCUCACACUAUCUCGCAACCGCCAAGUGAAUUGUAAAACUAACCGUGUUACAGACCUCGCGUCAUCAUAUCGUAUCGGAUCGCAUGAUACCAUCUGAAUAAAUGUCAGGAUCUUUUGUCGUCUUUCGAAUAUCGUAACCUUUCGAAUAUCUGAGACUAAGAAACGACACAUACAUAUGGUGCAUGUUGUAUCGUUGAACGUCGGAUAUCAAACACGCGGUAUCUCGCCUUUUCUCGUGACAAAUAUUCCGAGUUAACGUUUGCGCCAUAUUGUAGCCCUUGAUAUAUUACCAAAAAAUAAACUUAAUAUUGUAGCCCUUGACAUGUUACCAAAAAGUAGUGUCGCAAGUACAAAAAUCAAUUUCCAAUGUGGAUAAUCUCUGUUCGAAACGUCUCAACCAGAUCUAUUUAGAUAAAAGUGUUUGACUUUUAAAGUAUUUGAGCUGAUACGAGUCAGAGCUUAGAGAGACCCCCAAUUUCCCGUGGCAUUCCACUUCGUGCGCGUGGCAGAUGCUUUCCGUUUUUUCCUAGAUAACGAUUUCCCAAACGUUUCUUGGGCCGUGUAUACGCGGUCGUAUCUCAUCCGCGUUCCGUUUAAAAUCCUCGGUUACAUUUACAGUCAGAGAGACGAGAAAAAAAGAAAGAAAAGAGAAGAAAGGAAGGAAGGAAGGAAGGAAGCGGUGGUGGGCGUAAAUUGGGUUAGCUAUCGAUACGGUAAUCGGCACAUAGAGUCGGUAAAGGGAGGCGAGGCCGGUGGUACCCAUAUACCGGCUGGUACCCAGUAAACUAGAUUAAAGGAAAACAGUGAAGAGAAUCUAGUUGCGCGUGUAGCUCGGGCGGUCGAUCGAGAGGGGAAAAGAAAAACGAAAAAAAAAAAAAGAAGACGGAAGAGAGGUCCGAGAGAGAAGAGAGGUGGAAAGUUAAAGCCGAAGCGUUCGAUCGUGGUAACGGAUUAGUUAUAAAAGUGGCUACAGGGCCGCGGAUAUAUGUAUAUCUACGGUAUAUCGUGGCUCUAGACCUCGUUCCUCCGCCUCUCUUCCUCACCGCCCCACACCCCUGUCAACUUCCAACUUCUUUCUCUUUCUUGUCCUCUCUCCUCUUCGUUCUUUCGUCUCCCCUCCUCCCCCGCGUAUUAUUCAUCUCGAUCGUUCUCUCCUCGUCCCACCAGUUUGACGUGACGCCCCGUCCUCGUUCCCCUAGCUAGCUCCGACUCCGUUCCACCGGGGCAGCCCGGUCUCUUUCUCUGAUUCGCCCGUAAGCGGUCCUCGUUGCGAGCGCUUCUCAGCGGCGGCCAUCUUGCAUACCUGAGCCUCCGCAUUGCUCGUUCCUCGAGGGCAAAAGGGAGAAUAUCUCAGCGCGAGACGACGCUGGAUGCGCGAGGAUAGAGUCGAAGGUGGGAGGAUAACGGCCGCGGGGACAGAGACGGGGAACGAGGGCGCUAUGAGGGGCCCGGCCACCUUCCGAAGGAAGGAAGGGAGGCAAGCAAGAGACACGUAGGGCCCACGGAGGGGAAACCUAUAUCGCCGCCGCGCCGACGUGGUUGAACUAGCGUGUACCGAGUGGAGAAGGACAGCUCGACCGUCGAUCCUCGGAUGAGACGAAGGAGGAGCGAUGUAAGAUAGAGACACUACCGGAACGAACCAUGGGGCCCAGAUGGAGCGGGAUAGAGCUAGAAGGGCCGAGAACAGGAGACCCACGAAUGUUUCUUUAGACAAGGAGAGUAAACGCUAUCGAUUCUUAGUUAAAGAAAGACGGUCGAAUCCUUCGACUCGAUCGGCAGAGUAGAGCAAGGAGAGAAAACGAGAGAGAGACAGAAGGGAUAGAAAGAACGAGAAGUUUCAGAGGGAUAAGGAUAGAAAUCGGUGACUGGGAAAAGGAGAGUUCGCGGAUGCUUCGCUAGACGAGGACGAAAAGCGACAUCGAUCGGUGGUUGAAAAGAGAGAGGGAGGGGAGGGAGGAAGAGAGACUGAGAGACGAGAGAGAGGAAAGGCGAUGUCGAUAGGUCGCCUGAGAAAAUCGGAGAGGUAAGAAAGAGCAUGCGGGCCCACAGAGGCUUUUCUAAAUACGUUCGAGAAGAAAGAUGGAUCUAAGGGCGAUGGCGAGGAACGGAACGAAAGGAGCAAAGACAAUCCGGAGAGCAAAGGAGUCGAAGAAAGAGAGAGAAGAAAUCGAACGAGAGUAGGAAUAAGACGAAAGAUCGAAGAAGCUUGUGCAAAGUCAAAACGGGAGGAGAGAUAUUGAUAAAAGGGUUGCAAAGCGAGUGGAAACGAGAAAGUAAUGCUGACAGAGAGCGUAGAGACGCGUAGAACGGAGAGAAAACGCGAGACAGAAAGAGAGAGAGAGAGAGAGAGAGAGAGAGAGACGACUACGACGAAAGAAAGAAGGAAAGAGAAAGUCGAAGGUUUCUUCGAAGAAAGAGAAAAAUAGAUAUCGAUGGAAGGUGUGCGAGCGCGCGGGAGAAGAGCGGGGAGUAAGUGGUGAGCGAGAGGAGAGACGAAGAAAGCAAGAGAGAGGGAGGAGAAGGAGAGAGAAAGAAAGAGAGAGAGGAAUGAGGGAAGAGCGAGAGAAACGGAAGCAUACAUUGGGCCCGAUGGAUCGGAGAGGGACGGCGUCAGCCAGCCUGAAGAAUGCUUCUCCCGGCAGUGGCAACUCUGGGACCGUCUCGGUUCAGUCGAGCCAGGUCAGUCCUCGUGGAGAAGGUGAUAUUCUUCGUCGUCGUACGUUCACGGGGCCUUACGUCGUCGCGUUUACGCCCCACGUUACUCCUUCUUUUCGCUCCUUUCGCGUAUAUGUGUGCGUGCGUGUGCCUUCCUUUUUUUCCCCCUUUCGUUUCGUUUCUCUUCUUCGUUCAUCGGUUAUCUCGCGCGUAUAUGUUUCGUUUCGUUUCGUACGCCGCGUCUUUUCAUCUCUGGCUCUCGCGUCUCUGCUGUCCAACCCUCGAUCUUCACCACCCUCGCGAAACGAACGUUUCGGUGGUGAGUGAUAGCACGAGAGAAGCGCGGGAGUACGAAACCCAUCGAUACGAACUACGACCUUGACGAUUCGACAACGACUCGAGUGUUUCCACGAGCGAGUAUCCACCGAUUGGUCAACUUAGUUCCUCGAUCUAACCUUUGAAGAACCAUCUUGCUACAUCACCGGAGGAAUCCCGUGUCAUCAUCGAAAGAACAUCGACACUCACGAAUCUCCGUAUCGUUCGCCAUCGCGACGUAUUUAUUUCGUGCAUCUCUGGAAACGGAGUAUCGUUGCGCGUUAACUUUGGAUAUUCGAUUGUGAAGCACGAUAUCAAAGAGUGGCUCGACUUUUACUGCUCCGACGUGUCACGAGAACUCUGAGCAAAUAUCGCGCGAGGAAAGACCUAGCAGACGAGAGGAGAAUGAAAAGCGGUGGAAACCGCGAAAAGCAAGAGGAUCGCGCGUAAUAAUAAGGACGAGUGUUUUUCAAGCGACACGGAAAGGAACGCGAGGGAGCAGCGACCGCAAACGUGGUCGUGGAAAUCGUCGCGAGAGAAAUCUCGAUCCGAGACAACGAGCCGGCACCGUACCACCGUACCCCUAAUCCCAGCCGUGCGCGCUAUCCACACAGGGUGGAUCGUCGAGAUUUCGGAGAGCAUAGAAAAAGGUGGUCGUAGUGGUAGUCGUAGUGGUGGCAGCAGCAGCAGUGGUGGUGGUGGUGGUGUUGGUGGUGGUGGUGAUCGGUGGAAGGUGGAAAAGUAUCGGAGGAUCGGAGGCGAGCAGCAUCCGCAGACGCGUUCUCGCGAGGCGCGGCUCUGCGGGUCAGUGCCCCCUCUGUCGGCUCGAGCCUCUCGUGUUCACUUGACUUUCCACGGCGACGAGCAAAAAGCAGCGAAUAAAGAGGAAAACGCCCACACCUUCGAGGCAUCCUUAAUCCGAUUUCGAGCCGAGCCCGAACCAGAGUUCGAAACCAGAAGUUCGCCCAGAAGAACGCGAACGGAAGAACGAACGAACUGAUCGAAAAGAGAGGAGGAAGAGAAAUAGAGAAACAGAGAAAGAUCGAAAGCAUGGAACCCGUUAGCGAUCGGGACAACUGGUCAGCCGCUCGUUGACGUCUCUGAGGUUCGGUUUCGUACGAAUAUGUCGAGUGUGCGAGCAGCGACUACGUAAAAGAGCCACGUACCAGGGGAAAGAUGAACGUGCGACCGACGAUGAGGAAGAAGAACGAGAGGUAGUAUCAGGCACAGCGAUACUUUUAUGUUGUCGGACGGUAGAGGAAUUUAG